UUCUAUCAAAUGAUAAAAAGUUCAGCAUGAUUUUUUUUUUUGGUUUUGUUCGAAUCUGGAGAAAGUUUGGCUGUUGUUGCUCUAAUCGACAUUGGGUAUUGUUUGGGGUUUUGUUGACGUUGUGUUGUAUUGAAAUUUUUGAAUAAUCGGUGGAGGGACUUGUGUUCUUCGAUUGAUCCGAGACGAGAAUGUCUCAGGAUUUGUCAUUGGAUCAAGACCUGGAUGAAUCUGAUCCCGAGUUCGUGGAGAUUGAUCCUACCGGUCGAUACGGACGGUAUAAGGAAGUUUUAGGAAAAGGGGCAUUCAAAAGGGUAUAUCGGGCUUUUGAUGAGUUGGAAGGAAUUGAAGUAGCUUGGAAUCAGAUUAAGGUAACAGAUUUAUUGAGGAACUCUGAUGAUUUGGAGCGACUAUAUUCAGAAGUUCAUUUGCUUAAGACAUUGAAGCACAAGAACAUAAUCAAAUUUUACAGUUCAUGGGUUGAUACGAAGAACGAAAACAUCAACUUCAUUACAGAGAUAUUCACUUCAGGGACACUGCGACAAUAUAGAAAGAAGCACAAGCAUGUUGAUUUGAGAGCACUGAAAAAAUGGUCGAGGCAGAUAUUAGAGGGCCUUCUGUAUCUUCAUAGUCAUGACCCUCCAGUUAUACAUAGAGAUUUAAAAUGUGACAAUAUCUUUGUCAAUGGCAACCAAGGUGAGGUGAAAAUCGGUGACUUAGGACUUGCUGCCAUUCUUCAGCAAGCUCGUUCAGCUCACAGUGUCAUUGGAACACCCGAGUUUAUGGCUCCAGAGUUUUAUGAGGAGGAAUACAAUGAACUUGUGGAUAUUUAUGCCUUUGGCAUGUGUUUGCUUGAGCUUGUAACCUUUGAAUAUCCAUAUGUUGAAUGUGCCAAUGCUGCUCAAAUAUAUAAGAAGGUCACAUCAGGGAUUAAACCAGCUUCACUGGCAAAAGUCACCAAUUUAGGAGUUAAAGCAUUUAUAGAAAAAUGUAUUGCAAAUGUCUCUACUCGCUUGCCUGCAAAAGAUCUUUUAAUGGAUCCAUUUCUCCAAGCAGAUGAUGAUCAUGAAAGUAUACCUCGUAAUCUACAAUCAAAGAAUACAGGAAGAAAAGAGCAGAUUGAUUUUGUCGAUGAUACUUCUGCUGAGACUUGUAGAGAUUUUAGUAUGCAUGGUCAAAGAAAAGAUGUUAACAAGAUAUUUCUCAAACUACGAAUUGCAGAUUCCAUGGGUAAUUUUCGCAAUAUCCAUUUCCCAUUUGAUACUGAAGCUGACACAACAGUUUCUGUUGCUAGUGAAAUGGUUGAGGAGUUGGACCUUUCUGAUCAAGAUGUCUCCACAAUUUCUGAAAUGAUUGAAACAGAAAUUCGAUCUUACAUUCCAGAUUGGACAUCAGUUGAGAAUUCUGUGGAUAAUGUAGGAGUUGAUGUUGCAAUUUCUGAUAGCUCGACGUCUGACACAAAGAAUGUUUCCUCUCCAUUGUCUAUUGAAUCUAAUAAUCUUGCUUUGGAGGUAUUGCCUUCAGGUCGCAAGUAUUGGUCGGACUCUCCAAAAGGUAUUGGUGGGUGCUCUCCUAUUAAGCCAGGUCCUUCAAACUUGUCUCUUACCUCAGAUCAGAAUGUUGAAUCCUCUAGCAGCCACAUACUUGGGAAUAAUCUUGAUCAUUCUGCAAUAAUUAAGGGACUGGAAAGUGAACUUUUGUCAGAGGGUGAUAUUCAUGAUAGCUCUGAGGCACAUCUUUUAGAAGAAAACUGUUCUGAUGAAUCAGUUGACCUCAAAAUAAUGGCUGAGAAACUUAAAAAUCUGUUGACACAACAACAAAAGGAAUUAGAUGAACUAAAGAGAGAGCAUAAAUUAGUUGUUUCAGAACUUCUCACUGAACUAACACCUGAAUCUUGUCAGAAGGUUUUAGGGAUGUGUAAGCUAAAGCGUUCUGAUUUUGCGUUUUAUCUCUGAAAUGCAUUGCAAAUUCAAGCUUAAGAUCAUGCUACUGUGUCCAGAAUGUAACGGUAUCUCAUUGCUCUCGAAUGUAAAUCAGUUUACACAAAUUCUCGUUUGGUGAAGAUUAGUUUCUAAUUUUCAAAUUAGCUUUUUCUACCUUCGAAGUUGGAAGAUGAAUCUUCUAGCCAAUUGAUCCAGUUAUGAGGCAUGGGGAAGCAUGAUGCUGAAAGAUGUUAGAGAGGUUGACCAACGAAUUGCGAAGCUGUAAACAUCAACUGGUUAAACCAUCACUCCCUGGUAUGUCUCAGACAUCCCUCAUGAAGCAAUUUGUGCACAAAAUGCAUAAAGAUCUGCCACCAAUGUUCUCUUCUUUCUAGUAUAGAAUAGGUUGGACACUAUUCUAUUAUGUAUUGUGAUGAUGAUAUUGCAAAUGUCGGAAAUUGUUUAGAAGAUAUUGAGCCAAGAGAGAAGAAAAGACGCUACACACUGAAUUUUCAUUAGUAUUCUAUAUAACUUAGAUAGUUGAAAUUCUUUUAGAUAGUUUCUUUGUACAGCGUGCCACAUCCAUUUCUCCUAGUUUCUUCUUCGACAACAACUUUUCCGUGCUAUGCUUGUUCUUCCACAUUCUCCCUGGUUGAAUUGUCCAAUUGCUUGUUUCAUUUUC